ACGUUCUCCAGGCCAGCUUCCAGCUGGGACCUCCAGCAUUGGCUCAUGGCUGAGCCCAGCAGUAGCUGGUGGGACAGAAGCACGCCAGGGUCAGGCUGCCUCACUCUGAAUCCUGGAAAAAAACCCAGUCUUGGUGACAACUGAAGUACAAGGCUGAGUCUGGGCAAGGAGAUACAGAGGGCCUGACUGCAGAAGUCUGUAAACCAGGGAAAAGCCAGCAACGAAUGUGGACUUUCAUUUAGGGUCAGUCCUGAUAUGCCAAAUUUUGGCCCGUGCCCAGGUAAAUACAGUAUGUGUGCAGAGAGGAAACUAUGGCUGUAGUCAGCGUGGUGAGCAAAGGUAUUUUCAGGCAUAAACUGUUGCCUAAUCCAGCGUGUGAGCAAGGCCACUGAGCAGAUCCUAGGAGAGGAGGGAUUUACCUGCCCCAUCCUGCCCAGUUUCAGCAGCACAUCUGUCCCAAAAGUCUCACUGGUGCGGAGUCUCGCAGCUGAAGCUCAUGGUUAAAGCACAAAUGCCUUUGAAUACUUACUAAUGGAUUACUUGUCAGCACAGUUAAAUACUGAAGUGUCACCUGAGGGAGAAGUCUGCCUUCUGGAACCUUUUAAAAUGCUCUUCAAAGUGAAUCAUUAGUAUGCAAGAAAGAAAUUUAAAAAAAAAGAGGGGUGUGACUAAUCUUUGUUGUGAUGAGUGUUGUAGAACUGACAUUUGAGAAGAGGAAGGAGUAAUUUAAAAAAAUAAAUUUUUGAAGUUAAAAUCUCUUUAGUCAGCUGAGUUAUUUCAGAAGGAAGGUUUGGGGAGAGGUAAGAAAGAGAGUGGGAGUCAAAGAAAAAGUGACUCAGAUGCCAUUAAUUGAGUCUGAGUAAAUCAUUCAACUUCAGUUGCACAUCAAACCCUGCCCAAGGUGGCCUUGCACAGGCUGGCGGGGUGUCCUUUUUCUGCAGGAGAAACAGCCUGUGGUCAGUACAGGGACUGGCUCUUUGAGUACAGCACUGACCUGCUGCAGAGUGGUGUGUGCCAGGGCCCUCCCCAGGGAUGUCAGAGGGAAGGAGACUCCUGGGGAAGAUGAGCAGCCUGGCUGGCUCACUCAGCUCUCUCCUGGGCAACACUGUGUUUUUACUGGCGUCUCGGUGCUGAGCUGGGGAAAUCUGUGGUGUACCAGGAAACCAAUGGAGAAACAAGAGUUGAAAUAAAAGAAUCUGUCCGGGGACAGGAUAUCUUCAUCAUACAGACAAUCCCCAGAGAUGUGAAUACUGCUGUCAUGGAGCUGCUGAUAAUGGCGUAUGCACUGAAGACUUCCUGUGCCAGGAACAUCAUCGGGGUCAUCCCUUACUUCCCCUACAGCAAACAGAGCAAAAUGAGGAAGAGGGGCUCUAUAGUCUGCAAGCUGCUGGCUUCCAUGCUGGCCAAGGCAGGUUUAACACACAUUAUCACUAUGGACCUUCAUCAAAAGGAAAUCCAAGGCUUCUUCAGCUUUCCAGUAGACAACCUGAGAGCAUCCCCUUUCUUGCUUCAGUAUAUACAGGAAGAAAUUCCAGAUUACAGAAACGCAGUUAUUGUAGCCAAAUCUCCUGGUGCAGCUAAAAGGGCUCAGUCUUACGCCGAGAGGCUGCGGCUGGGGCUGGCAGUGAUCCAUGGGGAGGCUCAGUGCACGGAGCAGGACAUGGAUGACGGGCGUCACUCCCCUCCAAUGCUCAAAAAUGCAACUGUGCACCCUGGCCUGGAGCUGCCCUUGAUGAUGGCCAAGGAGAAACCACCAAUAACUGUGGUUGGAGACGUUGGAGGAAGAAUUGCCAUCAUAGUGGAUGACAUCAUUGAUGACGUGGAAAGCUUUGUAGCUGCUGCAGAGAUCCUGAAAGAGCGUGGAGCCUACAAGAUCUUUGUGAUGGCAACUCAUGGGCUCCUGUCAGCAGAUGCCCCCCGUCUCAUAGAGGAAUCCUCCAUCGACGAGGUGGUGGUGACCAACACGGUUCCUCACGAGGUGCAGAAGCUGCAGUGCCCCAAGAUAAAGACUGUGGAUAUCAGUUUGAUCCUCUCGGAAGCCAUCCGGCGGAUCCACAACGGCGAGUCCAUGGCUUAUCUCUUCCGCAACAUCACUGUGGAUGACUAGACCUGGCUCUGCCCCCGUCCUGGGUUCCACGGGAGAAGGAAAUGUGCAUGAAAAGGCAAUACCAUAAAAUAUAGGCAUAACACAACUGUUUAUUUUUGUAGGAGCGUGGAGGUUUUCAGGGUCUUUGAGCCAUGAGAUCUAAUAGAAAAAAAAGUCAACCUGACCAGCACUUUACAGUUGAAUAGAAGAGGCCACUGGCAAUGGGGAGGGUUACACCUUAAUUAAGAGAGGUGGUGUUGAAUUUUUAAGUUCCUUUAAUGAUUUUUUUCUUUUUUUUUUUUUUUUUUUUUUAGCGUGUUAUAUCUCUUGCCCUGUAGGGGUGGAAAGAAAAG